CGUAUCGUACCGCAGGACAAGAUACACAAUUUAUCAUCACUCGAUGUAAACAAAAUAGUUUCAACGAAAAUGUUGGUGCGCCGUCCGCCGACGACGCUCGAAUAAUAAUGAUCGUGUAUAAAGGGUAAUUAUUUCCUGGUCGUAAUAGUUUUAAGUUACUUAUACGGUUUUAUCAUUACUUGUAUACAUUGUAAAUAAAGUUUUUUUUAAUAAAUAUCUAAUGAAAAUGGAAUUGAGUUUAAAUUUGCAAACAUUAAUUUUAUUAUAUUAGUACAUAAAUUAAAAUAAUAUUUACUUAAAAUUUAAUUUAAUCAAAAAAUGUUUUAAUUUUACUAAUAUUGUGUAUAAUAGACUUAAGUUUAACAAAAAGUAUGUAUUUAGAUUGUUAAUUUUUUUAGCACUAUACUAUGAGUGGCUUAUAAUUAUUAUUUUUGUCAUCUGUAGGUGAUGUGUACAUCCUUAUGUUGUCAUAAUGGACACAGAGUCUAUAAGAUCCACGAGCGAGUACAGUUCCAAAUCCAAGUACAAGGGCCACUCAUUAAAAUCUAGCAGUAAUCAUAGAUCUAACAGUUAUAUGUAUGCAUUAGUUUUUAUUGUAUAGGUAUUGUUAAAAUUAUUAACAGUUUUUAAUGUCUUGUUCAUGUGUAGAAAUAACACUCGAAGUGCUCGCAAAUACUCUGAUAGCUUAAAUAAUCCAUACGAAACAACUAUGGCACCAUAUCAAACUACUGUUAUGUUAGAUGACACAAGAGAUGGCCAAGAUGUUGUUGAAGUACAAAUAUUGCCUCAAGUAAUUAUUCAGUUUCUCCUAAUGUUAUUCUAACCUUGUUUGAGUACCAUUUUCUCAUUCUUAUUAUUGUGGAUAAAAUGAUACCUAACACAUAGUGUAUAAAUAUUGCUCAUUACUAUUGAUUAAAAUUAUAUUUUAUUAAAACAUUUAGUCGAUCAUAUUUAGAUAUCAAGUAUAUCAUAUGUUAAUCAUGGGUAUUGAUUUUGGAUGCUAAGAAUAUUAUUUUUUUUGUAGGAUGAAAAUUGGGGUGAAAACACUACAGCAGUUACUGGUAAUACUUCAGUGCAAUCUGGUUCAAUGGAAGAAAUGGGUGCACUGUGGCCAGAUACUGAACAGAAAAGUGCUUUUCCAAUAUUGUGCCAUCGUUAUAUUGCAACUACAUUGACUGGACUAUUGUCUCUAGUUGCUUUUCUUAGCCCUUUAGCUAUGCUUGUUUUACCAAAAUUAGGUAAUUUACUUAUAAUAAUAUUAUUAACACAUUAUGUUCAGUUCUUUUUUCAUAAGCUACCUUUAUAUCCUAAAUAUUACCUACAAGAAAUAAUAUAUUAUCAGGAUCAAUUUUUUUUUUUCAGUCAAAAUGUAUGUUUUAUAUUUUAAAAUAAUUUUUAAAUGUUUGUGUUAAUCUAUUUCAGUAUGGAUAUCAUUUUUACUAUUAGUGCUUUGAUUUUUUUUUUUUUUUUUUUUAAUUAAUAAAUAUUAUUUUUCUUUUACCUGUUAUAACAGAAGAUGUGAGUAAAUUUCAUAUUGUUUUAAAAUAUAUUUACAUGCUGAAAAUCCAAAAUCCUAAAAUUUGAUUAUAAUAUAAAGUUGUGAUUAUUAUUUUAAUUUAAAUAACUGCAUACAGACACAACAUAAUAUAUAUUUCUAAUAUUAUUGUUGAUGUUUUUUUCUUAGGUGUUUUUAGUCCUGUUGCCACAAAUCUUAGCCCUCAACAAAGGGAAACCUUAUUAAAUUGUGGUGCAGAAUGUAAAGGAGUAUUAGUUUCACUGGCGUUCAAAAUGUUUUUGUUAGCUGUGGCGUCAUGGGCAAUUUUCCUACGUCCUCAUAAAGCAACCAUGCCUCGAAUACAUGUUUUUAGAGCAAUCGUCUUAACAUUAAUAUCAAUUUGUUGUGGUACUUUUUGGCUAUUUUAUGUGGUGCAAGUCACAGAAGGUAAAUUAUAUAAGGAUAUUAUACCAUACUUUUUUUAAAAAUUUUAUAUAGUAUUCUUUGGUGAAAAACAUUCAUAAUAUCUUAAAUUACCAACUAACUAAUCCUUAACUUAGUACUCGUUCAAUUCUAAUUCUUAAAUUAAAUUAGAUGAUUAAAUUAUCUAAUAAAAAUAUUGUUCAUAUAAUUAUUAUAUUAAUGUAUUGUUUACAAAAUAAAUAUUUUUAUAAAUAAAGUAUAUCUUCUUGGUGACACAAUGUACAAUAAGUUACAAUAUGAUAGUCAACGACCUAAUUCAGAGUCUCGGGAAUUUAAUUUCCACAUGCCGCGUGGAUUGCCUUAAACUAAAAUAGAAUAUAACAGGGAAAUGUCAGUCAAUUAACCAUAAUAAUAAUAAUCAAUUAUAGAAUGUGAUUACAGCCUGCUGCUGCAUAAUUAUAGGUACUUUUAUAUGAACUUUAAAAAAUAUUGAAAAUCACAAAUUUAAUGAAAAUAAAAAGUUGAUACCUACAUCAAAAUUUUCAAAAAAAUUAACUAUAAAAUGGCCAUCUUCAAAUAUUUCAAAAAUAAUAAAUUAAAAAGCUAUUUUUUUUUUUAAGUUUUUAUCAAAGCAUAAAAAUUGUAAUAUAUUUUGAUAUAUUAAGAAUUGUAGUAUAAAUAUUUAUAGUCCUUAUCCUUGUAAAUCAGAAUUUGAUUAUCUUUACUAUCUCCAGAGAUAUUAAAAUGGUUAUACAGUAAAACUUCCAUACAAUGGUCACCAAAGGGACCGGAAAUAAUGACCGGUAUUUAGAGGUAACUGUCCUUUAUAGGUUUCCUGUAUAGAGGUAUAACACUUGAUAGAACCAAAAAAAUUACCGUUAUACAGAGGUGACCAUUAAAGAAAGUUUUACUGUAUCGUCGUAUAAAAUAAAUUUAUGUAAAGAAAUUAUUUCAUAUGACUGCUGUAGUAUAGAAUUUUGAGUGUACCAAAAAUAGAAACAAUAAAAUUAACUAAUUGUUUUUUCAUCUCUAGAGGUGCACUUCUAGGUUAAGUAGCCACUUGUAUGCUUCAUUGUUGCCUUUGUGAAGCCCUUCUAUUCUUUUUUCAUAUUUUGUUAGGGAGCAUACCUCAGCAAUGUGGUUUGUUUGACUUACACAAGCUCUCAUAGUAGUAUAUAUAAUAUUUUCCAUUUAUGUAAAAGAAAAUCACAUUUUCCAUGUUUUGUUAUAUUUUGAUUUAGGGCAGUCCACAUGCCAUAUGGAAGUUAAAUUCCCAAGACUGAGCCAGGUCGUUGGCUAUCAUAUUUUAACUUAUUAUGUAUUGUACCACCAAGAAGAUAUACUUUAUUUAUUGAAACGUUUAUUUUGUAAAAAUCACAUUAAUAUAAUAAUUAUAUGAACAAUAUUUUUAUUAGAUGAUGGAAUAACAAUAGUUGUGCUUUUGACUGGUAACUGUUAUAAGUGAGAAGUUAGGAAGUUAGGAUACAUAUUCAGGCCUUAGAGUUAUUUAGUUUAUAUACUGUAUGAAAAAAUUAAUUAUUUCAAAUAAAAAAUGGUGAACCAUGUAUCAAAUUGAUAAGGCUUGUUAUAGUGCUAAAUACAUUUUAUUCACUUAAUUAAAAAAAAGUUUGAAUUUUAAACAUUUAUUAAAAAAAAAAUAAUAUAGGAUUAAAAUUUAAAAAGAGCUGAUACUGGGAAUGGGAGCUGUCACUGUUGUAGAUGAGAAGUUUGGAAGGUAGGAUACAUAAGGUUAUUUCAUUUAUAUCUGCAUGCAAUGAUAAACCAUUGCUUGAAUAAAGAAAAUUCCAAGCGCAGUUUGGUAGUACAUAAUCUGAAGUGCCAUAAUUUUUUUUGCGAUUUUUGUUUAAAUUUGAUUUCAUAAUGCUUAUUAAAAAAAAAACUUUUUCCUACUUAAAUACUUUUACUUAAAAAUAGCAUCGAAAAUCAAAAAAAAAAUUACCCCUUUAAAGUAUAAUUUAGACAACUUGAGUUUUUAGAAAAGUUGCACACGUAAAAAUUGGAGCAAGUUUACUAGGAAAAUAUUGUAUCCACAGAUUAGAACAAAAAAAAAUAAUAAUAAACAGCAUUGUAAAACCAAUAGCUCUCACGCUACUCUCGAAAUCUAAAAUAUUACAUUAUAAUUUGUGUUAUUAAUUUUAUUUAUUUAUUGAAUUUUAGGAGUCCGAGCCACAGCUACAGGUGAAGAUUUACUUGAGUACCGUGCCUUGGUAUCAUAUUCUUCUUCUCUAUGCGAUUGCCUUCUUUGUAUACAUUAUGUUGCUAUAGUAUUAAUGGAAAUAAGGCAUCUUCAACCAGCUUACUAUAUCAAGGUAUAUAAAUUCAUAACAUUUUUUUGACAAUUGGAUUAGUAACUGCUUUCUCUAAUAAAUUAAUUAAUAAACUAUUUUUAUUUUAUAUUAUUCGAUACCAGGGUUGAUUUGCUUUCACAUUUUAGUGUAGACAAUUUGUUAAAUGAAUGAAAACUAUGACAAUUAAAAAAAUAUGUUGAAACUUAUACAAAUGUUUACGGCUUUACAUUAUUAUUUAACAUUGAUGUAGUGAUACCAUACAAAUGCUAUUAUUUUCCUUCUUAUAAAAUAUUUGUAUUAUCUUAAAUUUAUUACUUACAAAAUAAGACAAAUUUAGGUUAGGCUAAAUUGUUAUUUAAUUAUACAGAAAUCUAAUGUUAAAAAAAAAAUGUAUAAGUGUACUAGUCAAAGGACGGUCCUAUCCAUAAUUAUAGUUAAUAUAGUUGCACAUUGACCUAGGAUAAAGGGUACUGAAUUUAAUUCCCUGAAUCGGCUGAUUUCUAGACUGUUAGCGCUUAUGUGAUAGAGUUAGAGAAUGUCAAGUUUAGAAAUCUCAUAAAUUUGAUGAGACGUGUUGAGAAACUUCACAUGGCACACUCCAUGUAAAUUUGUAUUAACUAGUGUAAUAUCAAAUGUGCAAUAUUUCUUAACUUUAUGUUCUCUCAUACCCUAACAUAAGCAAUAAAACGGAACAUUUUAAUAAUUUCGGUAAUCAACAAAUAGUAAAACUUUUAUUUACAUUGAAGUAGCAAAUGAUUUUGUUUUGUUUUUUUAUUGGGAUGUUUUUAUUUUGGGUUCAGAAAGUUUACACAAAUUUAGUUCAUAAUACAAAUAAAUAUUUUUUGUUUGUUAAUUGUAUGCAGGUUCAUAAUUUAUUUAAAAAAAAAAAAACUUAUUUAAAUGUUUGUUUUUUUUUAUUAUUUAGCUAAAUAUUUGUUCAAACCUAAAAUAUUGCUGUUUUGUAAAAAUUGUUAAUUUAAAUAAUUCAAAAUUAUUUUAAAUUAUAGGUUGUUAGAAGUCCUGAUGGUGAAAGUGGUUCAUAUCCUAUUGGUCAACUAAGUAUUCAACAAGCUGCAGUUUGGAUUCUUGAGCGAUAUUAUACUGAAUUCUCCAUAUACAAUCCAUACUUAGAGCGUUUACCAGUUUCAAAGUCUAAAAAGAACGCAUCAAGCUUUAAGUUUUACGAUAUUGAGGGUAUUGGAAGUAACACACUUCAAAUGAGUCAAUCAAGAGGUGCAAUGAAUGGUCACCCAAGACGUCGUGACUCAAGUCACAAUGAACGUUUUUAUGAAGAACAUGAUUAUGAACGUAGAGUUAAAAAGCGAAGAGCUAGGCUUCUUACAGCUGCUGAAGAAGCAUUCACUCAUGUUAAACGAUCACAUCAUGAUCCAGGUAAUUAUUAAUUAUUAUAUAUGAGGUUCUUACUGUUAAAUUAAUUAUUAUAACAUUUUUAUUUUUAGGCGGUGGUUCUGCCAUGGAUCCCUAUGAAGCUGCUCAAGCUGUAUUUCCAACAAUUGCACGAUCUCUUCAAAAAUAUUUAAGAGUAACCAGACAACAGCCAAGACAUACAGUAGAGUCUAUUUUGUCUCACCUAGCUUUAUGUUUAACUCAUGAUGCUUCACCAAAAGCUUUUUUGGAACCUUACUUGAGUGCAUCUCCUGUAUUACAAGUAAUUUAUAAAUUUGUACUAAAUAUUUUUUAUAUUUUUAUGUUAUUUAAUCUAAAAUUGUAUUAUAUUUUUUUUAGAAUGAGAAGGAACAAAAAUCACUUCAGUCCUGGUCAUUAAUUUGUAAUGAGCUAUUGACCAGAGGACUCAAAGAUGGAACAGUGUUUCAACUACGGCAAAAUGAUCUAUCACUUUUGUGUACAGUCCAUACGCUUCCUCAUUUUAGUAUUUCUGAAGAAGUUAUCAAUCCAAAAUCAAAUAGGUUUGUGCUUAAGUUGAAUUCUGAGACAUCGGUAUAAUUUUUUUUUUGUCUGUGUAACUAUUAGUGACUUGAUGAACACAAGUAUAUUGUACUUUCUAGUCUUCAAAUUGAGUUUAAACUACUUACAUAUUUUGAUCAGUGUACAUUAUUAUGAUAAUUUUGAUAAGUUUUCUAGAAUAUAUAUUAUAAUAUGCUUAUUAUUCAACAACUGACAAAGUUAAAUAGAUAAUAUUUUAAGUAGCUGCAAUAAUUCCUCCAUUUGUGAUUUUAGAUCCUAUUGAAAAGUAGUAUCACAUUUUUAUUUGUAUAUUUCUCCGAUUUUUGGAAUUUUAUUUAAAAUUUGCGUACUGUUAUUUAGUUUUUCUUCCAUAUUUUAUUAUAAAAUUAAUUAAAAGAUGUUUAAAAAAAAACCAAUUUAUAUAUAAAUAAUUAUAUAUUAUAAAUGCAUUAUUUUUUAACAAAAAUACAGAUUUUCUAAAUUUGAUUGAAAAAAUAUUUAUAUACAUAUAUUCCAAAAAGACUGUCAAACUAUGUUUUUUUUUUUAAUUGUAAUGCCAAAUAAAAUAUUUUAAAGCUCAAUUCAUUGGGGCCAUAUAUAUUAUUUUUUUAAAUUACACUAACAAUACUUGCACUGUUCAAACACGUAUUCCUUGCUAUUUGUAAUGUGAUUUUCAUCACAGUUUAAUUUUCAGUAUUAUUUUUUCUUAGAGUUUAUUUCUAUAUUUUGUGUCUUUAUUUUAUACAUCGAAUAUAGUAUAAUUAAUUUUAACUAGUUAUUUUUACCUUUUUAUAUUUUUAUUAUUUUAUUUUAUUGGAAGUGUAUUAUUGUAUUUUAUUAGCCUACAACCAGUACCUGUUUUGUAAAAUAAUUGUGGUACUCAAUAUUUUUUUUGGGCUAAAUGGGUUUCUACGCACAAAAAAUAUUCUAAAUUUAGUUUUAAGUUUUUUUUACCUAAUGUAUUAAUUAUUGUAAAUCUAGUUGACUAAUUUCAGUUAAUACUUAGUAUAGUGCAAUUUUCUUUUAUAUAUAUAUUUUUUGCAACAAGUGUUAUAUUUUAUUAACCAUUUCACUGCUCUAGAUGUUCUAUUAUACUAUUAUAUUCUUAUAUAUAGUAGAAAAUAAAAACCACAGCAUAAUAAUUAUUAUUCAGUGAUUACACUGAAAAAAAAUCAAUUUUUAUUUAAAAAAAAAUGUUUAACUUCACAAUUUGGUUUAUGAUUUUCUCUUAGUCCACAAAUAUAAACAUAUAUAAGAUAGAUUACAGAACUAGUAAUGGUCAAAUAAUUUUGUCAUGGCAGGGGAUAUGGAUGAUUAAUAUUUAUAAAAAAAAAUUGAUGAUUUUUUGUAUUUGCAUAAUUUUUUUAUAAUUAUGAAGAUAUAAUAUAAUAUAUUUGGUAAUUUUUUAAACCUACUCACCCCAUUUGUAUGACUGAAAUAUAUAUGAAUUUAAUUUCUGAUUUUUGGAAUUUUAUGUGCAGUGAACGACAAUAUUUCCGUAUACUUAAAUUUAUCAUAACAUUUAAGUAGUAUCCUGUGGUGAUAACAACUUUGAUUUUUCAAAUGAGAACCAAUAUGCUUUGAUGCAAAUUAUCAGUCAGAAAAUAUUUUUGAAAAUGUAGACGUAUUGUAAUUUAAAUUUGAACAAAAAGUUUCUAAGUUAUUCUACUUUCAAUACUAAGAAUAGCAUUUCAUGGGGAUUGGAUACCAAUUGUUAUAUGUUUAGAGAUAACUCCUUGUUUUGAAUUGUACAGUUAUUACCCUUUAGUAUUUAAAGAAGAAUAACUCAGAAAUUAUUUGUUAAAAUUUUGAUUAAUAUACUUCAACAUUUUCAGAAAAAUCAUCCGAUUGAAAAUUAGAAUGAAAACAUAUAGGUUCUCUUUUGAAAAAUUAAAGUUAGUGUUUUCACAUGAUACUCCUUUAGUGUUAUUAAAAAUCAAGUAUUUGAAAAUAUUGUCUUUUACUACACCUACAAAUUCUAAAUAUCACAAUUUGAAUUUAUGCAUAAUUUAACCAUAAAAAUGAGGUGAGCACUGAAUACUCUUAAAAAAAUGACUUUUAUAUUAUUAUGAAUAUUUAAGAAAAGUGGGGUAUAUAUAUACCCCUCCCCUCAUUUGACCACUCCUGUGCACUUCAUAAAUAGUAUAGCAGUGAAAAGGUUAAUGACUUGAUUUUUAUUUGAUACCAAAUUAUAUUUUAGAUUACUAUAAAUUCUCAACAUAAUAUGACAAUUAUUAACUAAAUAAGUAAAUAAAUGUCUAUGUCCUAUAUAUUAAUGUAACAUUAUAAUAUGUUGAUAUUUGGAUAUUAUUUUACAUCAAAUAAACAACAAAUAUUUA